CUGAUGUCCCGCCCCCGAUGUGCUGCGCUGCUGAAAGCCGGCGGGCCGCACGCUGACCGGAGGGAAAAUGGCGCUGAGUUCGCAAGGAACAAAGAAGAAAGUUUGCUAUUACUAUGAUGGGGAUGUUGGCAAUUACUACUAUGGCCAGGGUCAUCCCAUGAAGCCCCACAGAAUCCGCAUGACCCACAACCUCCUCUUGAACUAUGGACUGUACAGGAAGAUGGAGAUCUAUAGACCACACAAAGCCAAUGGUGAAGAGAUGACCAAGUAUCACAGUGAUGAUUACAUCAAGUUCUUGCGUUCCAUUCGCCCAGAUAACAUGUCAGAAUACAGCAAGCAGAUGCAGAGAUUUAAUGUGGGUGAAGACUGCCCUGUGUUUGAUGGCUUAUUUGAGUUCUGUCAGCUUUCAACAGGUGGCUCUGUUGCUGGAGCUGUGAAACUAAACAAGCAGCAAACAGACAUAGCCAUUAACUGGGCGGGUGGUCUUCACCAUGCCAAGAAGUCUGAGGCCUCUGGUUUCUGCUACGUCAAUGACAUUGUCCUUGCCAUCUUGGAACUGCUCAAAUACCAUCAAAGAGUGCUGUAUAUUGACAUUGACAUCCAUCAUGGUGAUGGAGUAGAGGAGGCCUUCUACACCACAGACCGUGUCAUGACUGUUUCUUUCCAUAAAUAUGGAGAGUACUUCCCUGGCACAGGUGACCUCAGAGACAUUGGUGCAGGAAAGGGAAAAUACUACGCUGUGAACUACCCGCUCAGGGAUGGGAUUGAUGAUGAAUCUUAUGAAGCCAUUUUCAAACCUAUCAUGGCCAAAGUGAUGGAGAUGUAUCAACCCAGUGCUGUAGUACUUCAGUGCGGUGCUGAUUCUCUAUCUGGAGACAGAUUGGGCUGCUUCAACCUCACUAUUAAAGGCCAUGCUAAGUGUGUUGAAUACAUGAAGAGCUUUAACUUGCCUUUGUUGAUGCUGGGAGGAGGAGGAUACACCAUUAGGAACGUGGCUCGCUGUUGGACCUAUGAGACAGCUGUAGCCCUGGACAGCACUAUUCCCAACGAGCUUCCAUACAAUGACUACUUCGAAUAUUUUGGACCGGACUUCAAGCUCCACAUCAGCCCUUCCAACAUGACCAACCAGAACACAAAUGACUACCUGGAGAAGAUUAAACAGCGUCUGUUUGAGAACCUGCGCAUGUUGCCUCAUGCUCCAGGAGUGCAAAUGCAGGUUAUCCCCGAGGAUGCUGUGCAGGAGGACAGUGGAGAUGAGGAGGAUGAUCCAGACAAACGAAUCCCCAUUCGUGCCCAUGACAAGCGGAUAGCCUGCGAUGAGGAGUUCUCCGAUUCUGAGGAUGAAGGACAAGGUGGCCGCAGAAACACCAUAAACUUCAAGAAAGCAAAACGAGUGAAGACUGAAGAAGACAAGGAUGGGGAAGAGAAGAAAGGUGAGCAGACAGAUGUGAAGGAGGAGGAGAAAACUCCAGAGGAAAAAAUGGACACAAAGGGGCCAAAAGAAGAAUUGAAAACAACCUGAGAAUACACCGAGUCCAAAUGGAUGCAUGUACUUGUCAUACACACACACCACACAUACACACACACACCACACACACACACACACCACACACACACAGACACAAUCUUAGCUCGCAGGCUAAAGACUGUAAAUUAUUUUCUAAGGCUCAUUUUACUAUUUGUAUUCCUGAUGAGCAGUAUAAAGGUUUUUUGCAUUACAAAUGUGAAUUGCAAUGUAAGAUGUACGUUUCCUUCCCCCCCCCUUUUUGUACUUUUGAAUCCUUGCCCUUUUUUCAUUUUAAGUUGUCAAUGUCUACCAAAAGUAGCAUCAGUCAAAUGAGACCAGAAACGGUAGUUAAGAGUUGGUCGUUUGCUUUCCCCACCUGGGAGACUUCACCUCUAAGUUAUUUUAAAUCAUGGACUUGAAUACAAACACAUACAUGCAUCACUCUCUCCCUUAUUAGGUCUUGUUUUAUCUGUGGAUGCUGGUUCUUGCUGCAGUGUCCUUUACCUCAUUUUAAAGAGAUAAUGUUUGUUUUAAUGUCCGUGUCGAUCGAUGGCUUGGCUCUGAAUCUCUUCCCUGGUCUGUUCUGAAUAUGGAGGAAGACUUGCGUUUACUGCCGUUAGACUCCAGAUUCUUUCCCAUUGUGGCCAUGCUAGCAAGUCUGUUGCACUUCUGGCUGGAUAUAGCAGUAUAGAGUUCCAGAGUUCAGUGGUUUUGAAAUGUCCGUAUUAUAACAAUGCCUUUGGUAAAGUAAAUAAAGAGGAUGUUCUCUCA